AUGUGGUUGAACUCCUCUUUCCCGCUCAUUCUCUUUGGCCUGCUGAUCGUCAGCUUCAUCGUGCCAGGCACAAAUGGAGGAUCGUGCCCCGGGGGCUGGAUGGCCUACCAGAACCACUGCUAUGGAGUCUUUUACGAAAAACUGACCUGGAAUGCUGCAGAGAAAGAAUGCCAGAGCUACAAUGGACACCUGGCCUCCAUCCUCAGCUGGGCAGAGGCGGACCUGGUGGCCUGGCACAUAGUCAGCAACUACAAACGCCUGGGAUAUGUCUGGAUUGGGCUGCGUGACCGCUGGAAGGUCAGACAAUUUAGAUGGGCAGAUGAUUCCCCAGUCAAGUACACAGCAUGGACUGAGUUUGAGCCCGUCUUUUUAACACUGUCAAAAUACUGUGUCUUUCUGAUAGACUUUAAAGGUUAUAAGGAAUGGAGUACUGCCAGCUGCCAAGAACCCACUGCCUACCUGUGCAAGUUCAUGUCCUCCUGA